UGCUUGAUAACAUCGCUUGGCCGUCAGCCAUGUUGACGGCUGCUAGCUGUCUUCGGUCGCUCUCCGAGGUCCUGAAACGCGUAUAUUGACUCGCCAUUGAUUUGAUACUUGAUACCAAAACAACAUACAAUUAAUAUGGGUGACACUCAGCAUCAUGUUGCACUCUAACUGUAGGAUCUGAUUUCUGACACCCUGACACAAACAAGAGCAGUCAGGAGGGACAGGGAGCAGCAGGAUGGACGCUCACUGAGCCACAAAUUGCACUCAAGCAACUAAAAAUUCGACUUUUACUGAACAGAGGCAGAUUUAUUUGAAGAUUGCGGUGGUUUGAUUCUCCACCUCACAGCUGGAAAUCAUGACUACCUCUAUGCUCCGACGGCAACUGAAGAACCUGGUCCAGAACUACUCUGAGGCUGAGGUCAAGGUGAGAGAAGCAACAUCCAAUGACCCAUGGGGUCCAUCCAGCUCUCAGAUGGCUGACAUUUCUGAUCUUACUUACAAUGCUGUUGCCUGCAACGAAAUCAUGACAAUGCUCUGGAAACGGCUGAAAGAUGACAGGAACUGGAGACAUAUUCACAAGUCUCUGACACUGCUGGAGUACAUAUUGAAAACCGGUGAUGAUCGUGUGCUGCUGAAAAUGAAAGACAACGUUUACAUCGUCAAGGCUCUCACAGAGUAUCGCUUUGUGGAAAAGGAUGGCAAAGAUCAGGGUGCAAAUGUAAGGGAGAAGGCCAAAGUUGUUCUUGUUCUAAUGGAGGAUGAUGACAAACUGAAGGCAGAGAGAGAAUUUGCUGUAAAGACCAGAGAAAAGACAUCAAAAGGUGCUGCUGGCUCAUCUGCAGAUGAUGUAAAGGAUCCCAACUACAAGCCAUGCUAUGUUGCUGGGGCUACAGGACUUCCAUCAUUGUCCAACAUACCUUCUGUGGCUGACCUGACCGCUUCCUUCGAAGCCCGCAAAGAGGAGCGUCUUCGAGAGGAAUCUGAAAAGAAAGAGGUGGCGAGAAGGGCCAAGAUGAGUGAAGAUGAGCUUAAAUGGGAGGAUGCAGGUAAAGGUGCUGACACGAAAGUUGAUGCUUGGGGAGGAGAGAAAGAAGAAGAAGAGGAGGAGGAAGGGAAAUCGGACGCAUGGGGAGCUCCCAAGGAGCCGAGGAGUGAUGCUUGGGGAGCUCCUGCCAGAACUGAAGAUGCAUUUGCAGCAGCAAAAACUGAUGAGGACCCCUUUGCAGCUCCAAAGAAUGGAGAAGACCCCUUUGCAGCUCCAAAGAAUGGAGAAGACCCCUUUGCAGCUCCAAAGAAUGGAGAAGACCCCUUUGCAGCUCCAAAGAAUGGACAAGACCCCUUUGCAGCUCCAAAGAAUGGACAAGACCCCUUUGCAGCAGCAAAAACUGACAAAGAUCCAUUUGCGGCACCAAAGAGUGAAGAGGAUCCAUUUGCAACACCAAAAGGCAAAUCUGAUCCCUUUACUGCAUCAAAAGAUGACCCUUUCAGUGCACCUAAAGAUGCCACAGACCCCUUCAGUGCACCCAAAAACAAAGAUGAUCCAUUUGCUGCACCAAAAGAUAAACCAGAUCCCUUUAGUUCUUCGAACAAUGAUCCAUUUAAUGCUCCCAAGGAUGAUCCGUUUAAUACACCAAAAGAUGAUCCAUUCAAUGCGCCCAAGGACGAUCCAUUCACUGCACCUAAAGAUGAUCCAUUCAAUGCUCCCAAGGACGAUCCAUUCACUGCACCUAAAGAUGAUCCUUUUAAUGCCCCCCAAAACAACGCUUUUACCACCUCAUCUGAAGAUCCUUUUAACACCCCAAAAGAUGACCCUUUCACUGCUCCAACAUCAGCUGCCCCUAAACAAGAACCAACAUUAUCUAAAGAUGAUCCUUUCACCACUCCCACAACACCACCUAAAGACCUUGUUUCAACACCAACCAAACCUGUUCAAGAUGAUCCUUUUACUUCACCGACAACACCACCAAAGGAGGAUCUUUUAUCUACAUCAUCCAUGCCUACAAAAGGCGACCCCUUUGCUGCACCAACAACACCCCCUCAAGAGGAUCCUUUCUCUGUAACAUCUAAACCUACAAAGGAUGAUCCCUUUGCUUCACCGUCAACACCCCCUAAAGAGGACCCAUUCACAGUGCCAGCAAGCCCACCAAAAGAUGAUGCCUCAGAUCCCUUUAAUGCCCCUCCAGAGGCAUUGCCCCAAGAUGGUGCAGAUGCCUGGGGGGCAACUUCUGCUCCAAAGGAAACAAAGAGUGGAGAUCCCUGGGGGGAUGGAGCAAGUGCCUCUUCACCUCUUGAUAAUUCUGACCCAUUCGGGGAUUCAAGCGCGCCAGACAACGACCCAUGGGGAGCCCCAGCUUCAGCUCCAGUCAAUGCAGACGAUGCAUGGGGUGCAACUGCUCCACCUUCAGACUCCUCCCCAUCUGGAGACCCCUUUGGAGAUGGAGCAUCUAAGAACAAUGAUCCCUGGGGUGCACCAAGCAACACAGGUGGCAGCGGUGCAGGAAAGCAAAUGUUGCAGGAGGACGAUAAAUACAGAAAGGCCGCUUCCUUCCUGGGUUCUGCUGGGGCAUCACUGGUUGACUUGGACGAUCUGUUUUCUUCUAACCCCAAACCCGGACAACGCCCCCUCAUCAGCACGCUCUCUGCCCAAACACAAGCCAUCGGCAAUUUCAAAGCUAAGGACAUAGCAGCUGCUCCUAUGGCCACAUCUGGAGCUUUUGCUGAAACAUCAGCUUAUUAUUCCAGCCUAGCACCCCCAAGUGCUGCAAUUUCACCUGCUUUUGGUGCUACCAAUCCUACAGGUGAAACUCCCCUGUUCCUGCAACCAUCAUAUGCUCUAGGAUAUGCUGCCAGUAUGCUCCAGGCGGUUCCAGAAAUUAGAAUGGUACAACCUCCAUAUCCACAAAUAGGACUGGGAAUGGCGCAAUCUGGGAGUAAUCCUUUAGGAACUGGACAUGCUCUAUCCAGUUUCAUAGGAGAGAACAACCCAGCAGGAGCAGGUAUCUUUAGAUCUUCCAGUCCACAAACCACAGGUGGUAGUCUCGUAGGCAGUGGGCUGGAUGAGACAAUCAACAAAAACAACAAUCCAUUCCUGUUCUGACAGGUGGACAUGUAAAGCUUCUUUCAUAUAUCCAAACUGAAUUUUUGUUUUUGAACAAAUCAGCAAAGCACUACAGAGGGUACUUCUGCAUGUUGUAGCUAGAAGAUUACAGAUUUCCUUCAUGUUGACUGCACAGGUAGCCUCUGGUUUCUGUUCACCAUGUAAUGAAAAUCAAGCCUUUCAUUUCCACCUUUUUCUUAAUUUCCCAUUUAUUGGGACGGUGUGUAGCUUGGAGAAACACUUGAAAAGAGAUUGAUUUUGUCAGUUGUGCAUACUUUGACAAGCUCAGCUGUUGCCAUGUCCUUCAGUGCACACAAAAAAGCAUUUUGAAAACUAAUAAUUCACUUCCGUGUCUUCCCAGUUGAGAUGAGUUUAAGGUUGCUUGUUCUGUCCCAGCUUUUAACUUGAAAGACACUAAAAUUACAGAUGUGAAAUCAGGGGCUACCUGGAAGGUAUAAAAUAUAAUCCUUCAGCCCCCCCCCCCCCAUGCUUGCAUCCCCUCUGUGAAAUCUCCUCACAUUUAUUUAAUAAAACAUCCAUUAAUUAGAUAGACGGAGCUCAUCAUGUUAUCAAAAAUCCACAAAGAAAAUCUGCAAACUCCAACAAAUCUGUUGGAUUUAUUUUCCGUGCACAAGUCUGAGAAACAGAGAGCGCCUAAGAGUGAGUGUCUUUGUGAAACCACUGAAGAAUUACUGUGUAUGUGAGUGUUGUAUGGUUCUUUGAUGGGACAUGUGAAACAUUAAUGGAAAAACAUCACUGUAGGUUUUCAUUGAGCGUGCAUGUAUUUAUACAACACGGCCCGUGUGUGUGUGAAGUGUGUGCACGCGGUGUGGAUGUGCAGUAUUUAUCGUGCUGAUGUAAAUAGUGGAAAUAAUUACAGAUAAAACCUUGAAGUAUACUGUAUAUCGGAGUGUUAGAAUCUAUUUAUUGAUCUAUUUAGUGAUUGAGUUAUUGCUUGAUUAAUUAUCGAUGCAGCAGCGGCCUCCAGCUCAAAUUCAGGUGAACUUUGAUGAUGGUGUAACUAGCGGGCAGGUUGGCCUGAUGUGAUUUGGAUCAGAUUAUAACUUCACUUGGUAACCAGCAGUGGCUUUAACUUCCUGGUUUAGGUUUGUCAUUCUGGAUUCAUCGUUAUGGAAAUGCAUCUUAUGUGUAUGUCCCAACAUUAACAAAGAAACAAACUUUUAGCUGCAGCGUUGGCUAAAUAAAACCCAAAUUUGAAAACUUCUUUAUGUGCAUGCUGUCUGACUAUACACCGUAAUGUGUGUGUGUGUGUGUGUGUGUCUGCCCUUCAGUUAUUUGAUGUAUGAGUGAAUGAUAAUGUAUUUCAGCACACGCUUCGUUUAUGUGAUUUCAGACAGCAACGUGAAGCUGAUUUAACAUUUCAUUUUGAGAGUGCGAAGAGUAGCAGGACAAGUUAAUAAGCUAUGAAAACAUCCGCCAAUUAAAGCCACUCUGAGAGCAGUCAGGGCCGAUGACAUUUAAGAGGUCACUUUAGAGUUGUUAGCAUUAUUUGUGUUUACCAGGGUCAUAUGUGUCCUGCUAAACGUGGACAUUUGUGUAAAUUGGACUGAAACACAUUAGAGAAGUGUUAGAGUAAAGAGGUGUCAGGAUGGCUACACGUCCAUGUGACUUAUUAUUUUUCUGAUUUAAUUUUGUAUUAAAUGAAUUUAUUUUGCUGUGUAUUUAAAUUAAAAGCUGUGUUGUAAACUGUGACAGUAUACAGUACAUUUGAGAAAUAAAAUUAUACACAAAGUU